UUAUUACAUCAGCCUUUAGCACAAAUUCCCUCUGUGGGUCAGACACAUUUGCUGCUGAGAGGGGUUUUUACUGCUCCAGUUCAAUUCUUGUUUUUAAAAUCAUGGUUUUGUCAAGUAUGGAGUAUGCAAAAGCUUUAGUUCCCACAUCUUUAAUAAGGUCUGUGUCAUCGGUGCAGAACUCUCUCACACAGCGAAUGGUGUCUCCCCCACAGCCCCGGCCAUACAGGGUUUGCACACAGAACCGCCGCAGGAGAAAAGGUUUUACGGCCACCUCUCUGGAAGAUCUCAUGGACAAGGUGGCCAGUUCUUUUCUGCUAACGUGUCAUGCCCUCACUCUGGUAUUAGAGGAUGAUGGGACUGUGGUGGACACUGAGGCUUUUUUUCAGUCUCUACCAACUAACACACUAUUUAUGGUCCUAGAGAAAGGAAAAGUUUGGACCCCAAAUAAACAGAUUAUAUCAAGUUCCACACAACCAAAGAGGAAAGGAGUUGCCAAUCUGAGCUUUGACCUGUAUAAACUAAACCCACAAGACUUUCUGGGUUGUCUUACUGUUAAAGCCACAUUUCAUGAAAUAUAUACACUCUCAUAUGACAUCCACUGCUACAAAGCCAAGGAGAUCUUGAAGUCUUUAUUGCGAUGUGUCUUGAACGCAGCCAGAGUGGCGGGUCACGUUCUUCUCUGUAGCUCCACAUAUGCAUUACAGCAGAUUGAGGAAGACGAAUACUGUGGCUAAAAUCACCUGAGAUUAUAAAUGGUUAAAAACAUCUACCCUACUGUAGUUUUGGCUGUUAUGUAUCAAUUGCAGCCUCACUAACGUCUCUGGUUUAUUAUAUUUUGCAUGAACUAACUAUAGCGCUCCAAAUGUAAACUGAAUAUUCUGCAUAUCUUAUCUUUACACUAGUUUCAGUUUAACUAGUUUUGUAGCUGGUAGUCUUGAACAACCUAUUUAAACAAACGGACAGUGUAAAAAACCAGCCAAGCAAACAGGAAGCAAUAUGAAAACAGAAUUAUAGUUAUCAAAGACAGAGUUAAGUUUCUUUCUGGGUGACUACAUUUCUGAUUAGUUUAUAAUAGUAAAGUGGUUUAAGUGAGAUUAGACACACUUUUUUGUUUAACAUUCUUCAUCAAUGAGAAAUCAAAGGAAAGUCUAAACUGUUGUGUCUUUAUGAUUAAGCUUUAUGGUGGUGGAAGUAUAUAAUGUCUAGAUAUGAACUUAUGAUUUGCUAGACAAAGGAUUUAGGUCACAUACACAUCAAUAUAAUUUUAUUAUGAAACAACUUGACUGAAUUGACUACUGUAUAUGUGAGAGUCUAUAAAGCACUCACUUUUAUAUACUAUACUGUACAACCGUAUAUAGUAACCUUAUGGUAUUGAGUCAAAUAUCUAAUAGGAUAAAUGCCUAUUCUCAUUGUUUAUCUUGUUUAUGUUGGUUUAUAGCCUAAUGCCUAGUUUUGUCUUUAAGUAUUCAUUGUAAUAUGUUUCACAUAUCUACUAACACUUAUCCAGAUUUUCAAGUUUAUAUUGUGUCAAUUUAUCUGUGCAAUAUGCUUAAAACAAAAUAAACUUGACUGCAUCAUCA